GAUGUGUUCGAACUUGAACAGCCCGAGUGUGCACCUUCAGUUGCACUUGCAAAACCAAUCCGUGCACCGUUAAUUAAUCAGAAUUGGUUCUUUUUUAGCAUGCCAUGAUGCAGCCACAAACCUGCGUAAAGGCUAAUACAUACUCCGCAAGAACAGAGGAUUUGAAUUCGAUGUGUGCUGCAGUGGGAGGGCCCUAUGAGGAGUUCUGCAGUGGAGUUUCUUGUGAAGUAUGAAAUGUCCUGGCCAGAAAUAACUCUGUUCUUGUUCUUGCCACCUUGAGAACAAAAACAAAUUUCUCUGUUCUUGUAGAGUAUGUAAAGGGCUUAAGUGCCCAUAGAUGCUCGGGUUGGGCUGAUGGACAAUGCCAUCAUCCAUCGCCGACCAGCUUUGUGUUUAAAAAGUCCUGCAUCCACACCUACACCUGAGCGUGUGUCUGUGUUGGCAUUUAUUAAGUGCUUAAAAAGUAACAAUUCUGAUUAAUUUAAUGGUGCACAGACUGAUUUCAUAAGUGCAGCUGAAGGUGCACACUCUGUUGUCACAUCAACGGAUCUAAAGUAGAAGAUAGUUAAUUAAAUUGUUAAAGAACGCACUUAUUUUUACAAUCUAUCUACCAGUGAACUAAUUUCUGGUGAAAUAAUUAAUAUGAUUGAUGUUGAUGAAUUUCAAUGGUGCACAUUAAAGCCCCUGUAGUGGGGUUUGUGCCAGUACGAUUUGAUCAGUUUGGAUGACAAUAUUAUUGUCCAACCCAACCCUGUUAGAUGCUCCUUUGGUGGAUAAAAUGGGAUGCAGCGCCGUCCCAGAAAACAAGAAGAAGUAUUCUCUGGGGUGGCCUAAAAAAAGGAAAACAUAUUAGUACUCUAGGUUGCCCCACAUGCUGAAAAGCUUUCUGCAAGCUGGUGCCGCCCUUUUUAUUUUUAUUCACCCCUCAGACAACCAGAGUCCUCCACUGAACCUGCUGCUGGUGUUGAUGAGGGGUGAGGUUUUAAAAAAUGACAACGUUGUGCUCAGCCAUCGGCCCAACCCCUGAGUCCAAAAUAAAGAGAGAAUUAAAACAUAAAUACAUUAUUGGUCACCUUCAUUCAGGAACAUUUAUCGAGACAAUAUAAUAAUUCAGUGAUUUGAAAAAAGUUGAAAAUCAGACACAUCUAAAGGUAGUUUUAGAAUAUUUUAAAAAACAUUUUAUGAACUUUUCAGUCUGUUCAUAUGUAAAUUGUGUGAUUUGGCCACUUUGCCACAAAAUCCCAAAGAUUGUCCACUGAAAUGAGAAAGCACUGUUGAUGUGUGUUAACUGUCAUUUCUGUAGUUUAUAUGUUGUCACAAUGAAGGAAAGAAGAGAGAGUUACAUUUGUUUUGGCUUUGUUUAGUCAUGUUGAUGGCUCUUUAUGAUUCUUGUUUGAUUUGAAAAAAAUCUUGGUUCAAAGGGAAAAUGUUAAUGUCACACAAAAUUUUGCAGCGGCACUUUAAGAAAAAAAUGAUUGAAAAUAUGAGGAUUUAUUAUGACGUGAAUUGAUUUCAGAUUAAUAAGAUCAGUGCAAUAUGUGCCUUUAAAAAAAAAAAAAAAAAAAAAUGUACAAUGAGAACAUGUUAAUUUUGUGAGAACUGUAAUAAAGAUUCUAUGAUUGUUUUUGUCUGAUUAUAUUUGUCCAUCACACUAAAUUAUUCUCAAAUCAAGUUCAUGAAAUUGUUUCAGGACAAGUACUGUAAUUUUUCCUGAGUCGACCCUUUACUCUCCACCUCCUUUCUUCUUCUCCUCCUCCUCUGUUUCCUGUCUCCUGGUGACUUCCUCUGCAGCACCUGGUCUCUCGUCCUCUCGGUUCGAGCUCCGACGGCCUUCAGGAUCCCGUUAAAAUUAGCAUUCCUCGUUACGUUCUCCGCGGGCAGGGGAAGGACGAGCACUUUGAGUUCGAGGUGAAGAUCACUGUGAUGGAAGAGACAUGGACCGUGUUCAGACGUUACAGUCGCUUCCGGGAAAUGCACAAGAGCCUCAAAUUAAAGUAUCCGGAGCUGGCGGCUCUCGAGUUUCCUCCCAAGAAACUGUUUGGAAACCGCGAUGAGCGGAUGGUCGCCGAGCGCCGGAAUCACUUGGAGCGUUACCUGAGGAACUUGUUCCGGGUGAUGCUGUCGUCCUCGGGCUCUCCUCUGCGAGCCGACGCAGACGCCUUCCACCUCACCAAACACGCCAUCUGUGAGUUCUCCCCGUUCUUCAAGAAGGGCAUCUUCGAGUACAGCAGCCACGGCACCGGCUGACCGCGCUGCAAACUCCCCAAACCAAAAGGGAAAAUAAAAAAAACUGCUUGGUGCCUUUGCUCCCGGGGCCCUCUGCUCGGCUGCAGGAGGUCAGAGAAGAAGGUCAGUUUUUCCUCUCCAGCCUCCUGAAGGUCUGAAACCCGCCAGGCCACGAUCAGCUCCGAGGCCACGUGGAAACUUUCUGGCAACGUAGGAAAAAUUCAGCGCUCUGUUUUAAAGAGUUUCUACGUUACAGCAAUAAACAGCAAUAUUAAGUAUAUUUACAGGAUAUUUAUUAAUAUAACCCCAUCAUGUGACAUGUGCUGUGCAACUCUAAAAGUAGAACAAAACAUUAACGCUGCCGGGGUCGGGGGUUCGAUUCCCCGUGAAGCUCUGCGGCUGAACUAAACGAGCCUGAGUAAUGCUGAGUUCACACUACCUGACUGUAAAGCUCGCCACUGUUCACACGCUGCAACAUGAGUGUCUGUGGUGAGGAGCGGGUCGACCACAGGGACGGCUCGAGCUUACCACAAAGAAAAUAUGGUCAUGGAAAAAAUUAUUAGACCGCCCACAUUUUUAAUGGUUUUCUUGAUAAUAACCAAAAUCAUUAUCAAGAAACCCAUGCAAAAUGUCUAGAUAUCAGCUCUAAAAUUAACAACAAAAAUAGCUGAUAAGAGUUUAUCAUUAUAUUUGUCAAAACAAAUGUACCUUUAGUUGUACCAGGCAUUAAAAUGAACAAGAAAAUGAACAAAACAAGGGUGGUCUAAUAAUUUUUUCCAUGGCGUAUUUCUUUCUAUUCUUGGUUGGAGGAACUGGAACAAAACAGAAUUUCACUCAAAAAAGUAUUUCCGAUUCGGAUUCUAAAACAGCUAGCCUGGGUGUACCCAGACUGCCUUGCGUGCUCGAUUUCAUUUCGAACUGCGAAAGGGUCUGGAAACCAGAGAGCUUUCUUAGCCCUGUUUUAGGGAUCCAAUCACAGAGCGGGGAGGGACGGAGAGACGAUUACGCGUACUACCCGGCAGACGGAAGCUUGUAGUUUUCUCUCGGAUCCAACAUGGCUGCAGCAGACGCGAAACUCUCUUUAGCUGUAGAUGGUGUUUUAAAUAGUUUAGAGCGAAAGUUGAAAGGCGAAAGGUCUCUCGGCGGCUCUGCUGUCCCCCGGCUCGUAGCGAGAUCACCGGCGUUACAGUAGCGGGGCUAUUAGCCGUACACACAACAACAUACAGUUUAAACGCUGUAUGUUGUUGUGGAGCAGAAAGUUUAGAAAAGACGUAUUGAUAAAUGUCUACGUGUAAUUCAGUUAAAAUACCCCGCGCUGUGUCUCCAUGCUGUAGCUCCAGAUAUUUCAGCAUACUGGCUGUCUGUAACAUGUCUGCGAUGCAUCAGCAGGUGGCGUCUUUGAACGGCUCACACACGGUGCUCUCCCUCCGAGCCAACAGCAGAUUUGAGCCGUGACUCUUGUUGCCGAGCUCCAAAAACCUUCAGCGAGGACAAAGCGAGAGCUGAAGUCGUGUCGUGUGAACCAGCCACAACUUGAGUUCAGUUUAUUCUGCAGGUUUCAUCCACUGCUGAAACAUUUAGCUGAUUAAAGGGGAUCUGUUCUUCUUUUCUUUCAUAAAUAUAUCGUUACAAUGUCGGAUUUUCAAAUUAAAGGUGGCAAAAAGUUUCAAAUAAAGUUUAGUGGAGAGUAUGAACCUGAUAAAGAGCACAACAGGUCCUCUUUAAUGAAACAGGGCAAGAUAAAUGCACAUUCAUCAGUUUCUGCUUUGUAAAUGUGCCGUUUUUCAUCAUGAACAGAAAACCUUCAGACUGUUAGAUAAAACAUGUGAAGACAUUACCUCUGGGAAAUGAUGUCGGGCAUUUUUUCACUCAUUGCUAACAUUUUAUAGACUAAACAAUCCAUUUUAUAGAGACAGAAACAAGGAAACAAUAAUGGUAGUAAUCAUUAAUUGCUGUUUAAUUACAUGGACGUGGAUCUGUUCGAGGCAUUAACAGUUUGAAUCAUGUUAAACUCUUGCGAGUGACGAACUUUCUAAAGCUAGAGUCCAAAUAUAGUCUUGUUGUCAGACUGUUGUUGUUUGUAGAAACAGACACUAAAACUGCUGAAACCGGCCGCAUGACGCUGUUUUUAGAGGCAGGUGCACAUGUGAACAUUGUUAUUAUUCGUCCUGAUCUUAUCGACCGCUAAGAACUUCUGAAUGUGGUUCAGUGGAAAAGUUGGAGGGUUAAAUACACACUACAGGUGAAAACAUGAAACUUCCCCACUUUGAUUAAGACAAUUCUCUUUUGUAUUAUAAGUUGCUUCAGCUCCAAAAAAAAAUCUAUUUCAAUAUUCAAAUGAGGCAUUGUCUUAAGUAUGUUGAGAAUAGAAAUCUGAACACAUUAUAUCAGAUGAAAGCAGGAGUGGACGCAGCGUUCAUGGAAUAAUCCCAAAGAUUGUUACCGUGCCAACAAAUUCCCAAAUUUGUCUUAUUUCUUCUAAUUUAGUUUUUUCUCGCCACAUUUUGACCUGAGAGCAUUUUGGGGGAUUUUGGAGGCUUCAUCCGCAAAGUUUGGAAGGAGUUUUCAGGCUCUUCUGUGCUUCAAUGUUUCAUUUUAUUAAUUUAUUGCAGGGAUUGUUGCUUUUUAAACAACUGCAUCAGAAUUCAAAUUAAAUUCUGUGGAAGUUUGUUUACAUUUUUUAGGAGGAGAAGAGUGUCGUUUGCUUUUUCUGUAUUCUCACAAAAUUCAAAAACCUCUGUGAACGAUCAGAGUCUAGCACGUUUUCCUCAAGUACGCAGAGAAAAGUAACAAUUUCAGAGGGAAUAUUUUGUCCUCAACGAUAAUUAUUUCCGAGCUGAUUUUUUAUUUCCGUUUUCCAUUGAGCGACUGGAUCCUGAAGUCUUCCGCUGUGUGCAAACAUGAUCAGCUGAUCGCUUCUUUCAUAAGCCAUACUGUAUGUACAUAGAGUGUAAAUGUUGAUGUUCAUAGUUUUUCUAUAUGAUUUACUUGUAUGCAAUGUAAACUAUUGACAUUGAAUGUCAGUAAAGGGAAUGUACCACAAA